AUGAAAAUUCAUAUGAGACUCAAGUACAGACAUACGACCAGACAUAAAUAUAGAGGUGAAGCACAAUAUAUAUUCAUAUGCGCGGGAAAUGAUAACCACGAAUGUAUAUGGUUUGCCCCAGAAUGUUUGAGAGGAGACAAAGUGUCCCAAUCGUCAGAUGUGUACAGCUUUGCCAUGAUAAUGUUCGAGAUUCUGACAAGAAUGUCGCCAUUUGAAGAGGAAGCGGAGAAUGCAUCAAUCCACGAUGUUAUUCGAAAAAUAAAGACAAAGGGCGACAAACCUUUUAGACCAUCUCUCCCAGCAAUGUCAGAUGACGUGCCUAAGAUGAUUGAUUUGAUGCAAGCCUGCUGGGAUGAAAGUUUAUUCAAGCGACCAACGUUUCGUUCAAUCAAAAAACAGCUGAAAGAAAUUACCGGAAUAUCAGCUAGUCACAACAUCCUAGAUGCAUUAUUAAGACGUAUGGAACAAUACGCUAACAAUCUUGAAGAAUUAGUAGGACAGAGGACUGAAGCUUUUCUUGAAGAAAAGAAGAAAUCUGAUCAAUUGCUUGAACAAUUGUUACCAAAAACAGUAGCUGACAAGUUGAAGAACAACCAGAUAGUAGAUCCUGAGGCUUAUGAUAGAGUGACUAUAUACUUCAGUGAUAUUGUAGGGUUCACCUCUCUAUCUGCAGAGAGUUCACCAAUGGAGGUUGUGGAUCUGUUGAAUGAUUUGUACUGCGUUUUUGACGCUAUUAUAGAACGGUAUGACGUUUAUAAGGUUGAAACUAUUGGCGAUGCCUACAUGGUAGUAUCUGGUCUUCCUACACGGAAUGGCGACGAUCAUGUUCGUCAGAUAGCCAUGAUGUCACUAGAAAUAGUUCAGAAUGUUGGAAUAUUUAAAAUUAGACAUCUCCCUGAAAAACACCUGCAAGCUAGGAUAGGAAUUCAUACAGGACCAGUAUGUGCCGGGGUUGUUGGAACCAAAAUGCCGAGAUUCUGUUUAUUUGGAGAUACUGUGAAUACUGCUUCAAGAAUGGAAUCACAUGGAGAAGCCAUGAAGAUACAUGUCAGUCCUGAAACAAAGAGUCUGUUAGACAAACAUGGCGGUUUUGUGUUAGAGCCUAGGGGAAAUAUCGAAAUAAAGGGUAAAGGGUUGAUGACAACACAUUGGCUUAUCAGGGAGAUUAGAGAAAGUCAGGUCAUCCCAAAUCAUGAUCUAACAAAAUACGAUCCAAAGAUCGUUAUCACUGAUGAUGAAAGUGUGGAAAUGCAGCCUCAAUUUCUCAACAUUGCAACGACUUCAAAACCAUUAGAAGAAGAUCAAAGAUCUAUAUUCAACGGAAUCAUAUAAGCAAACGGCAGCUCUUACUGGAACAUUUAUGCUUAAAUAUGUUUUGAUUAACUAUAAAGAAACCAUUUUUUGUUAUCAUAGAAACUCAAAUAGUGUUUAAGCA